GACAUUCACGAGUGUCAUGUAACAAUUAAUAAAGCUCUGAACAAUAUCUAUCAAUAUUGAAGAUUGAGUGCAUAACUAUGGUGAAAGUGGGAGACCAACUUGAUCCCUUCUAAAGUUGAGGACCAACUUGCCUCAGAGACAAUUUGAGACCAAGAAUGAAAUUUUUACAAGAGCAAAGAUGAUAAUGGAGCAAACCCUAAUCUUUUCUUUGUUCCUGGCUACUUUAUCUUGUUUCUUUUAUAUUUCCUUGUUGAUUUUUGCGUGGGCGCACAUAUAUAUAACUCUCUCUAUCAGGAGCUUCUUCGAUCUCAUUAUAGUUGAAAGUGAGCUAUUUUACUCAUUUAAAGAAUUAGCAAUUAAGGGAUGAAAAGAGGUGAAACAGUGGAUGGAAGGCAUGGAAAGAGGCCUCUCCCUUCCAAUGAAUCUGCUGAUGAAGAUGAAGAUCCAUUUCCAAAUUACUCGGCUCAAUCGCAACAUGACAUGUCUGCUAUAGUCUCUGCUCUCUCCCAAGUUAUGGGAAAUACAGACACAAAUCUUGCUUCUCUGCCUGGAAAUCCAUCAACCCUAUCUGAUUCAAGUAAUGCAGAAGUGCAAAUCCAGCCUCAACCCGUACAACAAGGAAAUGAAAACCAGAGAAGAAGACACUAUAGAGGAGUCCGGCAGCGUCCAUGGGGUAAGUGGGCUGCAGAAAUACGCGAUCCUAAGAAGGCAGCAAGAGUAUGGCUUGGAACUUUCGAAACUGCAGAGGCUGCAGCUCUAGCAUAUGACAAAGCAGCACUUGAAUUUAAAGGAAACAAAGCCAAGCUCAAUUUCCCUGAAAGAGUUCAAGGAUUUACUCAGUAUGGAGGUUAUCUCACUACACCUGGGAGAGUCGAUAACAACAACAACAACAAUAAUUUGUACUAUGGAUCCUCGGGCAUCUACCCAGGAGGGAUGUCGUUUGUUCCACCGUUCUCAACAAAUAUACCAAUGGUAUCUACACUAGCAUUUCCACAGCAACAAGAACAAGGGCUUCCAAGAUUUCAGUCACAUUUUGGAAAUUCUUCCAGCUCUUCUGGUUCUCUUGAAAAAUGGGAAGAAUUUGAUGGCUCUUCAUCCGGAAGGUGAAUUCUAUUAUGUGAUGCAGUAAGAUGAAUUACAAAGUGGAGGUUUAAUCCCUCACCUUUUGUAUUUGAAACAUGUUGCAAUUUUUAAGUUGAUUAAGGUAUGAAUAUGCAUCCUAAAGACAUUAAGGUUUGGCUUUAUUCCGUUAUGAAUGAUUAGGAAAACUAUUAUAUGUGUUAGAUUUCAUGUUAUAAUAGAUAUCUUUCACAAUUAUGGUUCUAUAUAAUUAAGCUUGGAUAUAUAAAAAGUACCAUAAUUCAAG